ACGACAAGACCCCAAUGGCUAAUGAAGCUAACCCCUGCCCAUGUGACAUUGGUCACAAAAUGGAGUAUGGUGGCAUGGGCCAGGAAGUUCAGGUUGAGCACAUCAAGGCAUAUAUCACCCGAUCCCCUGUGGAUGAAGGCAAAGCUGUGAUUGUCAUCCAGGAUAUAUUUGGUUGGCAGCUGCCCAAUACCAGGUAUAUGGCUGACAUGAUUGCUGGAAAUGGAUACACAACUAUUGUCCCAGACUUCUUUGUGGGACGAGAGCCGUGGGACCCAGCUGCAGACCGGUCCACCUUCCCUGAGUGGAUAAAAUCAAGAAACCCCAGAGAAAUCAAUCGAGAGGUCGAGGCUGUCCUGAGGUAUCUGAAACAACAGUGCCAUGCCCAGAAGAUUGGCAUUGUAGGCUUCUGCUGGGGGGGCGCUGCUGUUCACCACGUGAUGCUGACGUACCCAGAAGUCAGAGCAGGGGUGUCUGUUUAUGGCAUCAUAAGAGACACUGAAGAAAUUUACAAUCUGAAGAACCCAACAUUGUUCAUUUUUGCAGAAAAUGAUACUGUGAUCCCCCUUGAACAGGUCUCUGUGCUGACCCAGAAACUGAAAAAACACUGCAUAGUUAAUUACCAAGUUAAAACAUUUUCUGGGCAAACUCAUGGCUUUGUGCAUCGUAAGAGAGAAGACUGUUCCCCUGAAGACAAGCCCUACAUUGAGGAGGCGAGGAGGAACCUCAUUGAGUGGCUGAACAGGUUCCUCUAGCAGCACUCACACACAGGACAGCUGGCAAUCAAGUCUGCCUAGAAAUAACUGACCACCUGAUUCCUUAUUUAUGUAAGUUACGGGAAUCUUAGAAUUCUGAAACAAAUACAACAUAAACUAAGCUAAAAAAAAUGCAAUAGAAAAUUUUAAUAAAUGCUAGAUAUAUGGAGAAUUCAAAUGACAGUGUAAUUGUAAUUAUUAGGGGAAUCUGGGGCCAUCAGGGACCAGCUGGGUGCUCAGACACGGCCUUACAUUGUCAACUGAACACUGGUAAAACAAUUCAUGUGUAAAGCCAGAAGGUCACAAGUUGUUAACUAGGUAGGUUAACCCUGCCUAGGUGUUAUAUGGGCUCAAUGCCACCCAUAUGCACUCACUGUGACCAGUCCCAGAAUUCAGUUCCACAGACCCAAUUACUCAACCUAAUAAACUGAUUUUUUAAAAAUUUA